AUGUUUGUUUACAACUUUAUCUCGACCUUAGUAUUUGGUACAAUUGAACCAAAACAAUCUAAACAACAAAAUACUACUCAAAUACCACAAACUUUAGCUAAAGAAAACUAUACCAAUCCUAAUUACUACAGUAAUCACCAACACAUUAAUCCACAUUUCAAUUUUUACCAACAACAGAAUUCUAAUCGACAACAAAACUAUCAACAUAAGCAUAACUCGAGUAAAAGCUCCUUCAAAAAAACAAAUUACUCAAAUUCAACAAAAAUGCCUCCCGCCGCAUACUCAACUUUUCAUGCACAUCCUACAACUACCUCUGCAUACGUUGCUGCUACAAUGAGUAUGCCUAACAACAACUCUUCAAAUAAAACUCCUAAUAUUAAAAGGGUAGUCGAUAGUGAAUAUAGAUAUAAAAUAGUGGAUGAAAUUUGUGCUGAAACAAAUUUAUAUACUAUACUUGGUGUUGAACGUGAUUGUAACUCUGAUGAACUUAGAAGAGCUUAUAUCAGUAGGUCCCGGAUUUGUCAUCCUGAUAAAUUUCCUGAAUAUCCAAAAGCAACUGAAGCAUUUCAGAAAUUGGCUUAUGCUUAUGAAACGUUGAAUAAACCAUCAACGCGUCGCGCUUAUGAUAUAUCUGGAACUAGUGAUUUAGGUUGUGUCAACGGUACUGGUGAUGAAACGUUACAUGGUGUUUUAUAUCAGCUAUUUUUGGAAUUCAUGGAUGGUGAUUUCGAAAUGAUUCGAGCAUUAGUCAAUGCUCUAAAUGAAGGCAACCCUGGCCUUAACCUAGGCGAAGAUGCCAUUGAAACUUUGGAAACUGCCUUCCGACGAAUGAGAGAAUUACUUUUAGCUGAAUUCGAGCAAUUAGGUGGUAAACAUGGUACGAGUAAGGGAUUAUUAGGUGAUGGUAUGGCUAAAGUCAUUACUGGUUUAGUGACUGUUUUGGAUCGAGGUGAAAAAUUUGUAUAA